CGACUCGGUAACUGCCUCAGUAGCAGUCCCACUGUCCCGCUGCUCUAAUGAUUAGGAGUUACAUUCACAAUUUUAUGGAUAAUAUGUACCACGAUCCACAGAAGGAAUGUGCACGAAGGAAUUAUAUUGAUUGUGUUUUCUAAUAAAUGAAACCAAAAAAAGACGAUCAACGGCUUCUAGCGGUGAUUUGUGAUUCUCCACUAUUUUAAUUACCAACAAUAAUAAAAAAUUAUUUUCAGAGGAAGAUGAGCCUGAGGAGGAACUCGUCCAUGGACUCCUCGAUAGCGAGUGAUGAUCUCAGUGAUUCCAUGAGUAAAUUAAUGUGCAUGGUAAAACAAUCUAAAAAAGUUUUUGUUGGGACCUACACUGAGAAGAGAUAUGUCCAGUCAGUACCAACUUAUAGAGACAUCGUUUCUAUCGAUAAAGAGGAGACUGAAGUGAUCAAGUGCUUGAUUGAGAUUCAGAAAGUCGUUCGGAAAGAAUUUGGGCAGCAGAAGUUUCUGGGCAUUACUUGUAAUAUGGAGAAUAAUAGCAUAGUAAAUUACAAUCUUUGGGUGGAGCUUGAUCAAGUGCCACUGGGAAAGCACUGGUUCCAGAUUCGAUCCCUGAAAAUGAAUCAGAAUUCAAUUCAACUGCAGCUGAAGUAUCUGAGACCGUACAAAGACAAAGAACAAGCAUUAUUUUUCAAUGACUCCAAAGAUCUCGCGGCUUUUGACAUAAAACAGAUUUUUACAUACCAAAAUCUCUGCGAUGUAACAAAAUUCAAUGCGGUUUUAGUAAUGAGUAUAAUAACCGUAAUUGGAAAUAUCCUGUGGUACGUAAGUGAAUAUACCCUGCGAUUGUCUCGAGAGUUAUCACAUUUGAUAAGAGCCCUGACGCCGAUAAUCUUCGGAUUCUACGAAGUCCUGACAAAAUGCUUCGGUGGAUUGCUAUGGCUGUUCUACAUGCUAUUCAGUGGUAAUUCUGGCCCUCGAAAUCCUCCACCGAUGGCCAUCAUGAGCAGGAGUCCACCACCCACUCAGUACCAUAGGCGUUACUCCAACCAGGCAUUUAGAUAGUAAUGGGGGAAUGUGAUUCUCAAAUUUUCACACCAAACCAAUUGUUUACUCCAACUAUCUUAUGUUUAAUUUUUUUCGAAGGAGCUCUAUCCAUGAUCCUAAUAUGAUCAUAUAAAUAUUAUAUAAAUACUAAUGAAGAUUUGAAAAACCACAUAUGCAAGAUUGUAAAAAUGUUUUAUAUUGGUAAUACAUACCUAGUAUUAUAUUUUUCAAA